UUCCGGUUUCCGCUGCGUAACUCCUCGGAGGCGUUGGCGGGGGCGGGGCCGGAAGUGGUCCCUCCUGAGGAAUGUCUUCUGGGCGCAGGCGUCGUCUUCUGAGGGGAUUUGGAGGCUCCUUUCAGGGCUGACAGGCACUUUCAGCGCACUCAAUCCUUGCCUUUGGCUACACUCUUCAUCCACUUUGGAGGCACCUGAGAAGCACUGAACAAAGAUGGAAAGGCAAAAGCCAGCUGGCUUCCAGUUAGAAACAUUUUCUGCUAUUGGGGCAGAGAGAGGUGGAGCAUUCUGGAAGGACCCUUUGAAGCAAAAUCUGGAAAGCAGUCUGCUCCGUUCAGACCUUCAAUGCCUACUCUUCCGGCGCUUCCACUAUGAGGAGGCUCAGGGGCCCCGGGAGGUUUGCAGCCGCCUCCACUCUCUCUGCCGCCUGUGGCUGAAGCCAGAGAAGCACUCCAAAGCCCAGAUGUUGGACCUGGUGCUCCUGGAGCAGUUCCUGGCCGUCCUUCCUGCGGAGAUGGAGCGCUGGGUGAGGGAAUGUGGGGCAGAGACCAGUUCCCAGGCCGUGGCUUUGGCUGAAGGUUUCCUUCUGAGUCGGGCAGAAAAGGAGCGAAAGCAGAAGAAGCCCCAGGUGCAGGACUCGUUUACAGCUGAGACCAAUGAGGUGGAAAAGUCUCUUCCGGGCACUAUUAGCACUAUCCAGUUUGGAGACAGGGAAUCUAUUACAGUUGGCAAUGGAACAUGGCCAAGUGGUAGUAGCCCAUUUUUUCAUGAUCCCUUGCUAAGAAGAGAUUUUGCAAGACCAGAUCAGGUGACUUUUGAAGAUGUGUCUGUGGAUUUCACAGAUGAGGAAUGGGCCCUCUUGGAUCCUGGCCAACGAGAUUUGCACCAGCAAGUCAUGGAGGAGAAUUUCGAGAUCGUGUCCUCUCUGGAAGCGACACCAUUUAAAUGGUUGGAAAAUAGAAAAACUUUCAGUUGGAAGGAAACACUCACCUGCCAUGAAGCAAUGCACCCAGGAGAAAAUCCUUUUAAAUACUUAUCUGGAGGGAGCUUCAUUCACAAGGAAAGCCUUAGUAGUCAUGAAACCUAUCACACUACCGAAGAACUAUUUAUAUGCUCAGAAUGUGGAAAGAGCUUCCCUCAAAGCUUUAUGUGUACUCAGGCAACGCAAGCAGGAGAGGUAUCAUUUAAAUGCUUGGAGUGUGCGGGAGCUUUCAAUCAGAAGGGAAACCUCUCUGCCAAUCAAGUAGAGGAUAAACCGUUUAAAUGCUUAGUGUGUGGAAAGAGUUUCCGUCACAAAAGAAAUCUUAUUCCUCAUCAGGAAGCUCAUACAAGAGAAAGACCAUUUCAAUGCUUGGAGUGUGGAAAGAGUUUCAAUCAGAAGUCAGGCCUCACCUACCAUCUAGCGAUUCAUUCUGGGGAGAAGCCAUAUAAAUGCCUGGAGUGUGGAAAGGGCUUCAUACAGAAAACAGGCCUCAUCCAUCAUCAAGCUACUCAUACUGGGGAGAAGCCAUAUACAUGCUUGGUGUGUGGAAAGUCUUUUAUUCGGAAGGGAAGUCUCACUACUCAUCAGACAAUUCACUCGGGGGAGAAACCCUUUCAAUGCUUGGUGUGCGGAAAGAGCUUCCGUCAGAAGGGAUGCUUUGCUUCUCACCUAACCAUUCACACAGGGAAGAAGCCCUUUCAGUGCUUGGAGUGUGGAAGCUCUUUUACCGACAAGAGAUGUCUAAUUGCUCAUCAAGCAACACACUCUGGGGAGAAGCCGUUCAAAUGCUUGGAUUGUGGGAAGGGCUUUGCUCGGAAGGCAAACCUCAGAGAACAUCAGAGAAUCCACACUGGGGAAACCCCAUUUCAGUGCAUGGAGUGUGGAAGAAGUUUCAAACUGAAGAGAGCCCUCCACAUUCAUCAAGAGAUACACACAGGCAAUAUAACCUAUCUGGGUGAGCCUUGCAGGGCUUGUGGAGGAGGAGAGAGUGUGCCUUCCCAAGAGGGAGAUGGCUCUUCUGCCCAGGCUGGAGCCUGGCUGCAAGGACACAGGGCAGGAGGUGAAUCAGAACCACUACAUACUGGCUUCCCUCUUCCUUUUGAUGGAUGCAGCACACCUUCUGUGACACCAGAUCAGGUGACUUUCCAAGAAAUGGCCGUGUCUUUCAGUGAGGAGGAGUGGGCCCUGCUCGAUCCGGAUCAAAGGGCCUUCUAUCAACAAGUCAUGAAGGAAAAUGUGGAGACUGUGUCCUCUUUAACAACUGACAGAGAAGGGGAAUCAUCUCAAUACCAGGACUGUGGAGAGAAGAAGGAGCUGGGCCUCUCUGGUCAGCAAGCAACGUACGCUAAGAGGAAGCCCUUUAAGUGCUUGGUGUGCGGAAAAUGUUUCUGUAAUAAGGAAAGCUUUGCUCGUCAUCAAGCAACUCACACCAGAGAUAAAAAGUUCAAAUGCUUGGAGUGUGGAAAGGGCUUCAUUCACAAGAUAAGCCUCACCUAUCAUCAAUCUACUCAUACUGAGGAGAAGCCAUAUAAAUGCUUGGAGUGUGGAAAGGGCUUCAUUCACAAGAUAAGUCUCACUUAUCAUCAAUCUACUCAUACUGAGGAGAAGCCAUUAAAAUGCUUGGUGUGUGGAAAGUGUUUCUCUCAGAAGAUAAGCCUCACCUAUCAUCAAGCUACCCAUACUGGGGAAAAGCCAUUCAAAUGCUUGGAGUGUGGGAAGGGCUUCAUUCAGAAGUUAGGCCUUACUUAUCAUCAAGCUACCCAUACUGGGGAGAAGCCAUUUAAAUGCUUGGAGUGUGGAAAGUGUUUCACUCAUAAGACAAGUCUCACCAUUCAUCAAGCUACUCAUACUGGGGAGAACCCAUUUAAAUGCUUGGAGUGUGGAAAGUGUUUCACUCAGAAGAUAAGCCUGACUCGUCAUUUAGAAAUUCAUACUAGGAAGAAGCCAUUUAAAUGCUUGGAGUGUGGAAAGUGUUUCACUCAGAAGACAAAUCUCACCUAUCAUCAAGCUACUCAUACUGUGGAGAGGCCAUUUAAAUGCUUGGAGUGUGGACAGAGCUUCAUUCAGAAGAUGCAUCUGAUUUACCAUCAAGCAAUUCAUUCUGGGGAGAGACCAUUUAAAUACUUGGAGUGUGGAAAGUCUUUUAUUCUGAAGGGACAUCUCACUUCUCAUCAAACAAUUUACUUGUGGGAGAAACCUUUUAAAUGCAUGGAGUGCGGAAAGAGCUUCACUAGGAAGACAAGCCUCACCAAUCAUGAAGCUACUCAUGCUGGGGAAAAGCCAUUCAAAUGCUUGGAUUGUGGGAAGGGCUUCACACGGAAAGCAAUCCUCACACGACAUCAAAGAAUCCACACUGGGGAAAAACCCUUCAAAUGCUUGGAGUGCGGAAAGGGUUUCAUUCAGAAGACAGGCCUCACCAAUCAUGAAGCUACUCAUGCUGAGGAAAAGCCAUUCAAAUGCUUGGAUUGUGGGAAGGGCUUCACACGGAAGGCAAUCCUCACACGACAUCAAAGAAUCCACACUGGGGAAAAACCCUUUAAAUGCUUGGAGUGCGGAAAAGGUUUCACUCAGAAGACGGGUCUCACCAAUCAUGAAGCUACUCAUGCUGAGGAAAAGCCAUUCAAAUGCUUGGAUUGUGGGAAAGGUUUCACACGGAAGGAAAUCCUAACACGACAUCAAAGAAUCCACACUGGGGAAAAACCCUUUAAAUGCUUGGAGUGUGGAAAGGGUUUCACUCAGAAGAUGGGUCUCACCAGUCAUGAAGCUGCUCAUGCUGAGGAAAAGCCAUUCAAAUGCUUGGAUUGUGGGAAGGGCUUCACACGGAAGGAAAUCCUCACACGACAUCAAAGAAUCCACACUGGGGAAAAACCCUUUAAAUGCGUGGAGUGCGGAAAGAGUUUCACUCAGAAGACGGGUCUCACCAAUCAUGAAGCUACUCAUGCUCGGGAAAAGCCAUUCAAAUGUGUGGAUUGUGGGAAGGGCUUCACACUGAAGGCAAACCAUACAACAUCAAAGAAUCCACACUGGGGGAAAAACCCUUUAAAAGGGAAGUCAAUGGCCAAUGAGAAGCCUCCUGCAGGCGAGGUCCCUCCUCUUCUGGCCAUAUGGGAAUCUUCCUGGAGGAGGAGGAGUGAGUGGGUGAGCCUUGCAAGGCUUGUGGAGGAGGAGAGAGUGUGCCUUCCCAAGAGGGAGAUGGCUCUUCUGCCCAGGCUGGAGCCUGGCUGCAAGGACACAGGGCAGGUGGGAAAGCAAGAAGCCUCAGACCCUGAGCCAAGCACGGACCCUCCUGCCUUUCCUGCUGGGAAUGGAGGGCAGUUCUGGGAAGGAGGCCUUGUGGGGAAGGGGCUGCGGGGAGACAGCCCACCUUCAGAGGCAGCGCCAAGCCAGAGCUUCAGGCAGUUCGACUACAAGGAGACUUUGGGGCCCCGAGAGGUGUGCAGCCGCCUCCACUCUCUCUGCCGCCUGUGGCUGAAGCCUGAGGAACAUACAAAGGCGGAGAUGCUGGACCUGGUGCUCCUGGAGCAGUUCCUGGCCGUCCUUCCUGCGGAGAUGGAGCGCUGGGUGAGGGAAUGUGGGGCAGAGACCAGUUCCCAGGCCGUGGCUUUGGCUGAAGGAUUCCUCCUGAGUCGGGCAGAAGAGGAGACAGAGAAGCAGCAACAGGUGGCAGACAUGUGUGCAGAAAUGGCCACCGCAUUGGAAAGGCCUCUCUCCACCGCCAGCCGGAUGCUGGAUUCUGCAGGACAAAGAGAACCACCAAGCUUCACAAGAGGUGAAUCAGAACCACUACAUAUUGGCUUGCCUCUUCCUUUUGAUGUACUCAAUACAAAUUCUGUGACACCAGAUCAGGUGACCUUCCAAGAGGUGGCCGUGUCUUUCAGUGAGGAGGAGUGGGCCCUGCUGGAUCCGGACCAAAGGGCCUUGCAUCAACAAGUCAUGAAGGAAAAUAUGGAGACUGUGUCCUCUUUAAAAACUCACAGAGAAGGGGAAUCAUCUCAAUACUGGGACUGUGGAGAGAAGAAGGACCUGGGCCCCUCUGGUCAGCAAGCAACGUACGCUAAGAGGAAGCCCUUUAAGUGCUUGGAGUGUGGGAAAUGUUUCCAUCAUAAGAAAAGCUUUGCUCGUCAUCAAGCAGUGCACACGGGAGAGAAAAAGUUCAAAUGCUUGGCAUGUGGAAAGGGCUUCAUUCACAAGAUAAGCCUCACGUCUCAUCAAACUACUCAUACAGGGGAGAAGCCAUUUAAAUGCUUGGAGUGUGGGAAGGGCUUCAUUCAGAAGUUAGGCCUUACCAAUCAUCAAGCUACCCAUACUGGGGAGAAGCCUUUUAAAUGCUUGGCAUGUGGAAAGGGCUUCUUUCACAAGAUAAGCCUCACGUCUCAUCAAACUACUCAUACAGGGGAGAAGCCAUUUAAAUGCUUGGAGUGUGGAAAGGGCUUCAUUCACAAGAUAAGCCUGACUCGUCAUUUAGCAAUUCAUUCUGGGGAGAAGCCAUUUAAAUGCUUGGAGUGUGGAAAGGGCUUCACUCAGAAGACAAAUCUCACCUAUCAUCAAGCUACUCAUACUGGGGAGACGCCUUUUAAAUGCUUGGAGUGUGGAAAGGGCUUCAUUCAGAAGUUGCAUCUGACUUACCAUCAAGCAAUUCAUUCUGGGGAGAGACCAUUUAAAUGCUUGGAGUGUGGAAAGUCUUUUAUUCUGAAGGGACAUUUCACUUCUCAUCAAACAAUUCACUUGCGGGAGAAACCUUUUAAAUGUGUGGAGUGCGGAAAAGGCUUCACUCAGAAGAUAAGCCUAACUCGUCAUUUAGCAAUUCAUACUAGGGAGAAGCCAUUUAAAUGCUUGGAGUGUGGAAAGGGCUUCACUUAUAAGACAAGUCUCACCAUUCAUCAAGCUACUCAUACUGGGGAGAAGCCAUUUAAAUGCUUGGAGUGUGGACAGGGCUUGCUUCAGAAGAAGCAUCUAACUUACCAUCAAGCAAUUCAUUCUGGGGAGAGACCAUUUAAAUGCUUGGAGUGUGGAAAGUCUUUUAUUCUGAAGGGACAUCUCACUACUCAUCAAACAAUUCACUUGUGGGAGAAACCUUUUAAAUGUGUGGAGUGCGGAAAGGGCUUCACUCAGAAGAGAAGUCUCACCUAUCAUCAAGCUACUCAUGCUGGAGAGAAGCCAUUCAAAUGCUUGGAGUGUGGAAAGGGCUUCACUCAGAAGAGAAGUCUCACCUAUCAUCAAGCUACUCAUACUGGGGAGAAGCCCUUCAAAUGCUUGGAGUGUGGAAAGGGCUUCAUUCAGAAGAUGCAUCUGACUUACCAUCAAGCAGUUCAUUCUGGGGAGAGACCAUUUAAAUGCUUGGAGUGUGGAAAGUCUUUUAUUCUGAAGGGACAUCUCACUACUCAUCAAACAAUUCACUCGCGGGAGAAACCCUUUAAAUGCGUGGAGUGCGGAAAGGGUUUCACUCGUAAGACAGGUCUCACCAAUCAUGAAGCUACUCAUGCUGGGGGAAAGCCAUUCAAAUGCUUGGAUUGUGGGAAGGGCUUCACACGGAAGUCAAGCCUCAUACGACAUCAAAGAAUCCACACUGGGGAAAAACCGUUUCACUGUUUGGAAUGAAAGAAGUUUCAAACUGAAGCAACAAUACUCUGACAUACCUCACCUCACAGCCUAGUUCCUACCUUACCAAACCAGUAGCCAGGAUUUUGAUUCGGGGGGUGCUGGGAUUUUGCUUCCGGGGGGGGGGGGGAGUCUGGGUGGGAGAGGAUUUACCCUAGCAAACCUUUUGUAUUGUUAUCCCAGUACCCCCAUGCAUAUGGGAUAUAUUGAUCAUGGUGAUCAGAUCAUGAUAUCAAUAAACAUAACAGUUUAAAUAAUAAA